CUUCUGCCGAAGGUGAUGUUUGUGACACAGCAAAUGAAUAUUUCGACUGAUUUAUGUUACUUUGACCUUUUCACGGUCUCUCUGCAACAUAUAAAGAAGAAGAACCAGUCGAAAGGGUGGAAGCUUCCUGCGGAAACUUCUCUGCUCCACACCAUGACCAGAGCUCUGGCAUGUGCCAUCAUUGUGCUCCUCAGCAUCCGGGGAUCAUAUCAUGGAGGUGGUGCGAGUCCUGAGGGUUUAGUUCAACCAGCUCCUAACCUCGCCCUGCAGGGGAUCGCCACUCAGUCCUCUACUUAUUCUUAUUUUGGAAGCGCUCGGAACGCCAAUGACGGAUCUUUGGCCGCAAAUUAUUUAAGGUCACAAUGUUCUUACACGAAGAAGGAAUUGGAUCCGUGGUGGAUGGUGGACCUCAAAGCCCAGUACAGGAUCAUAUCCAUAGCCAUUACUAACCGGGUCUUGGAAUGCUGCAGAGAUCGGAUUUUUGGAUCAGAGAUCAGAAUAGGAAACAACCCGAGUAAUGGAGGAAAGUUAAACCCCAGGUGUGGUGUCAUCUCAUCCAUUGAAUCUGGAGAAACUGUGUCGUUUUCUUGCCAAGGGAUGGUCGGUCAAUAUGUGACAGUGACAAUUCCUGGCCGGGAGGAACAUUUAGUGCUGUGUGAAGUCCAAGUCUUCGGAUUUCCUGCAGAAGGUUCAGAUUAUGCGACUCCAACAAACCUGAAGACACCAAAUGGAGCUCCAAAUGUGGCUCCUAAAGGCCUUGCCCAACAAUCCAGCCUGUACAACAUGUACGGAAAACCAGAGAAUGCCAUUGACGGAUCUCUAGACAGCAACUACCUGUACAUCCAGUGCGCCGGCACGUCUGACCAGGAGAACCCAUGGUGGAUGGUUGAUCUGAAGUCUGAAUAUAAAGUCUUCACUGUUGCAGUCACAAAUAGAGGAGAUUGCUGCCCUGAGAGAAUAAACGGAGCAGAAAUCAUGAUUGGGAACUCGGAUGAAAACGCAGGCACCAAAAACCCCAGAUGCGGAGUAAUUACAUCCAUGGACUACGGACAGACUCUUGCCUUUGAAUGUGAUGGUAUGAAGGGUCGGUACGUGAGCAUCUUCAUCCCCGGAGCCAAUCGCUCAGUGACCAUAUGUGAAGUUCAAGUCUUUGGACUUCCAAGUGAUAAGUCUGAUGAGCAGGUUCCCAGCAGUGAAUAUCCUGAUUUCUUUCCCACUAAACGGCUUUUCCCGGAUAUCUGGCACCUGCUCAGUGACUACUACUUUGAUGAGGAUUCUAAGGAGGAAGAAGUUGUAGAAUACGAAGGAGACAACUUGGCUUUCAGAGGAAUCACCUCUCAGUCCAGCACUUAUGAUAAAUUUGGCGCGUCUGAAAAUGCCAUAGAUGACUCUCCCAGCACCAUAUACAUGUCCGGACGGUGCUCGCAUACUGACCUGGAUGUAGAACCCUGGUGGAUGGUGGACCUUAUAAACGUCUACAACAUCACCAAAGUGAAAAUUAGAAAUCGAGGUGAUUGCUGCCAGGAGAGGAUCAACGGAGCGGUAAUUAAAAUUGGAAAUUCUCCAGAAAAUGGUGGAACUCAAAAUUCCAGAUGCACCAAAAUCGAAUCACUGGGUCUUGGAGAGGAGGGGGAAUAUGUCUGUGGAAUGGUGGGUCGGUACAUUACUAUCACAAUCCCAGGCAAAGCUGCAUAUCUGACUCUGUGUGAGGUGAAGGUCUACGGUACUAAUGUCUCCGAACAGUACACAGGCGCUCCAUCAAAGCCAGAUUUAUAUGACAGUGAAGAACAGCAACUUGCUACUGAGCUGAGAAAUAUUCUGAAACACUCGAAUGCUGCACCUAAUGUGGCGAUGCAUUUACCUACAAAGCAGUCCAGCACAGAUGGCGGAGAGUCACAUGCUGCUAAUGAUGGAAACCUGAAGAAAUGCUCUAAGACCGCAGUGGAGAAGACACCAUGGUGGACCUUAGAGCUGCCCUCAGAUCAUAAAGUCUUCUCCAUCGCAGUGACGAGCCAGAACGACUCCAGUGCUCAAGACCUUCAUGAAGCAGAGAUUCACAUAGGAUCUUCUGCGACUGGCUGGAAGAAGAACCCAAUAUGUGGCAAGAUGUCGACUAUUGGUCCUGGAGAGACGUUUUCAUUCAACUGUGAUGGGUUAGUGGGCCGAUUUGUGACCAUCGUUAUCCCAGAUAAGGAGGCAUCCCUCAGCUUGUGUGAAGUCCAAGUUUUUGCCCUCUCGGUGGAUAUUCCAAGUGGAGACUGGAAUACAGAUCUUGAAUCUCAGAAGAGUCAUCAUGGAGUAAAAAACCUGGCUCCUCAAGGCAUUCCAUCCCAGUCGUCUUAUUACGGCAAACGAUCUGAAAUAAGAGCAUCCAUCGACGGCUCCCUGUCCAGCAAUUACAUGGCGGGUGAAUGCACGCACACCAGAAAGGAGCUGAGACCCUGGUGGAAUUUAGACCUUAAGUCCAGUUAUCGUAUAUCAUCCGUCGCAAUCACCAAUCGGAGGGACUGUUGCCAGGAAAGGAUCAACGGGGCUGAGAUUCGUAUUGGGAAUUCAGCUGAGAAUGGUGGAAUUGGGAACCCCAGGUGCGGGUUCGUGUUCCGAAUGAAUUAUGGAGAGACAUUGUCUUUUGACUGCAAAGGGAUGGAGGGGAGAUACGUGACCGUCGUAAUACCAGACCAAAAACAGUACCUGACAUUGUGUGAGGUUCAAGUCUUUGGUGAACCUGCUGAAAUAGCUCAAGAACAAGGUAAAGUGGCAGUAAUUGAAAAUGAAAACCUUCCUGCGGUGAUCGGUCUUGAAGGCAGAUAUUUGCUUUUCCCAGAGGAGAGUGUUACAGAUUACGUCCUGCUGACCCCGAAUCAGCCGAUGAGCUUGACCUCCUUUACCCUCUGCAUGAAGCUGGCUUUAAAUGUCUCAGAGAACAGGGAGACCAUCUUGUUUUCCUAUCGUACCUUAUAUUAUGAUGAGCUAAAUCUCUGGCAGGAAAGUAAUGGGAACGUAGGGUUUUACAUGAGUGGGGAGGGACUAAUGUUCCCCAAACUGGAUCAUAGCAAGGAAUGGAACCAUCUUUGUCUGACUUGGGAGUCCCGGAGAGGUCGAUGUGAAUUGUGGAUCAACGGCAGAAGAUCCGGGAACAAACUCUACCGAAGGAGACACACCGUGCGUGCAGGCGGCAUCGCAAUUCUGGGUCAAGAUCAAGAUGAACUCGGCAAUGGCUUCGAUAAAUCUCAGAGCUACAUCGGAAAGAUUAAAGAUCUGAACAUGUGGAACAAAGUGCUCUCAAUAAAGUCCCUCCGAAAAGUAUUUAAUGGCAAUGAAACCCCAAAGGGCGAGGUUUUUGAUUGGAGCAACUUGUCCUACUCCACAAAGGGGAAUGUAAAAGUCAUUUAACAGAUCAGUCCUGGCGGGGACAUGAUGAAGAAGGCGAGGCGAUCAGUGGUGGAGAUUUCAUUAUUCUGGUGGUUUAUGUAGAAGUCACACAAUAAAAUCAUCAAUAAAUUCUG